UCUGAAUCCGCGACUGCUCCGCACCACACAUAAUUUGAUUCCUCAAUUCAACUCUCCUCUCCGUCUAUGCAUGUAUGUAUGUACAUAAGCAGCUUUUGCAUGCCUCCUCUCUGGCUUGUCAGCCGACAUAUAUUAUUGAGAUGAAUUAUUCCACGAAACUAGCAGUAUUAGUAUCAGCAAUCCUUUUGUUGAUCAUUAGUCCAGCCGUUGAGGCUUCUCCAGUAAACACAUCGUUAAGUUCUACCGCAGGAGAAUUCCGGCCUAUGGAGGCAGCUGAGUACAGGGUAAUUGGAAGAAAGGGAGAUGAUGAUUUGUGGAGAAGAAGGCUAGCACCUUUCCAGCUGUGUUUGCUAUGCAAGUGCUGUGCUGGGGCAGCAACCACCACCUGCGCCACCAUGUCUUGCUGCUUCGGAAUCGAUUGCCGACUUCCUAACAAGCCUUAUGGGGUUUGUGCUUUUGUACCCAAGACCUGUAAUUGUACCUCUUGCGCUACUGUCUAGCUACUACUGCUUUGCCAUAUAUAUAAAUUUAACCAUCUUCAAUUAAUUGAUAUGUAUUAUACAUCAAAACCUUAUUAAUUUA